AUGCGCUCCUUUCAAUUGCAAUCUAUCUGCAAAUGUUUGUUGGACCCAUCCAUUAUACUUUUGAUGCUCUUUCAAUCCCGACUCCAGCUUCAGCCUUGGUCUCGACCUCGAUCUUGGUUUUCUAACUACAUCAUUCAUAUCGCCAAUGCAAUAGAACUCUCUCUCUUGUCGCCGUCGUUGCAGUCAAUUCGAUACUAUCGAAAUACCCCAUGCAUUGGGCUACAUAUAAAACAGCAAAUUGUUAACGAUGGAAAAAUAAAAGAAUACGAAUCAAGAAAUGAGUGGGAAGCGAAAGAUGAAAAUGGGAAUUUAACAAGAUGA